UGUAACUUGGGAGGUUUACAUUUCCAAGCCUCUUAUUAAAAGACCAAUAUUUUCUAGUCCCCAUUGCUGACACGUUUGAUAAGAAGGCACUUGGUAUCCCUCUGUAUCUUCCUUCACAAUGAAAAUUUAUAUCGUAGCAUCCGUGUUCCUUUUUGUACUAUGCAGCUUACAAUAUGGUAAGUCACACAUACCGGUAUAUAAUAAUCUAUGUGACAAUACACACAUCAUAUAUUGUAUUCUAUAGCAGAUACUUAGCAAUGCUAAUGCAGCCUACUUGUUGUGCAAAAUAAUAUUAAAUAGUAAGUAAUAUGAAAAUAGAACUAGAAGAAUAUAUUGAGACAAAACAUUUUUUUUUCUAAAAAUGUUACAUUUAAUUCCUAGAACAUUACAAUGUGAUUAUUGCACAUACAGGAUAUAUAAAGUCUGUUAAUUGUAAUGUUAUUUUUUUUGUAAACUUCGAAUAUCCCGCACUCAAUUUGCCGGUCUUGUGCCUGUAUACCAGUGAAAAAAGAGUGCACUCAAGAGGACUUCUUUGAAAAAAAUAUGCUUAGUUUAUUCACAAACGUGUAGAAUUUUCAAAACGAUCAAGUCGACGUUGCUGUUAUAUUUGCUAAAUACUUUAGUGUUUCAUUUUUAUGUUUUUUAUGAGAUCAAGUAAAAUAAUUACUAGCAGCGUCAUUCACAGUUUACUUCAAGCUGAAACAAGCAUAAAUGAUAAAAUAAACAGAUUUAUACAAUAUAUAAUCUGCGCUUUCAACAAAUAAAAAUGGAGUUAUUUUAAAUAUGCUUGUGUGUAUGCGUUUGUUUUUAGAUAUAUUCACCAAUUCUAAAAUAUAUGCAUUCGUACUGCCUAAAUGGAUAUUCGUUAAUCAUUUCAAUAAAUUGUACUAAAAACUUUUGUGAUUAGCAAAAUGCACACAAAUACACCCGUUGCAUUUCAGCAUCUAACAUAUUUACUUUUUUUUCCCCAUCUUUUAUUUAGUGACAUCCCUGCAAUGUUUUGCCUGUAAAGAAAUGAAGAACAACACUGAAUGUAACCAACAACCAAUGGAGACCUGCAUCCCAAAUUUUCCUAUGUGCCUAACUAAAAUCAACACAGUUUGUAAGCAUUGAAACAUUUCCAGUGCAUUCAAUUUGAAAUAUACAUAUGUAUAUUGCCUAUGUCUAUCUUAAGCUGACUGUUUAUUCGCUGCAACUUGAAUAAUCGAAAAGGGGAAUUUCAGAGGGAGACAGAAGAAAGGGAAAAUAGAUUAGAUUAAAAAUUUUUGCAUUUCAGCUAAGAAUUGCAAAAUGUAGGCAAGAUACUCAAGACAAACAUUUUCCCAAAGCGUCUAGUUUUUGACAACAUUUUUCAAUUAGGAAUUCACUUCACUUUGAUUCAAUGUUUAGUGAAUGAAUUCCAAGAGUUGAAAGUGGCAUGUAAAGUUUGUGUAACAUUACUAAAAAGUAUUAUUCUUUAAAUAAUGGUAACAAGAUUGUCUAUUAAUUAUUUAAAGAAACACGUAUUUGUAAUAUACAGAUCAGAACAGUCCUGUUAACGGAAAUGUGGGCUCAAAGUAAGGAGAAAUAUGGUGCAGUAAAGACAUGUUGAUUUUUCUGUGAGAAUCAAAAUAAAAUUGAGAUGAUCACACAUUAUGAAACAAUAACAGGGUUAUUCCCUAAAGUGUGAAUGACAGGCAACCCAAAGUGAAUUUCAAAUUUAAGUGCAAAAUAGCUGAAUUGGAAGCCUUACUGACCUGGGGGUUUUUUGCACUUCACCUAUUUAUUAUAAUUACGGGGACAUUUUAAUUUGAUAAACAAGCUAAAUUAUCAUUUGGUUUGUAGCAGUGUUAAUUUAGUCAACUAAUAUUUUUCAGAUUUAGUCGAAUAAAACUAGACUAAAACUAAAACAAUUCAGUUGACUAAAGUUUGACUAAAACUAAAAUGGCUUUUUAGUCAAAAGACUAUGACUAAAAUUAAAUAAAAAUUUGACGCCAAAAUUAACACUGGUUUCUAGAAUCUGCAUAUUCUACAAACCAGAGAUAAGAAUAUAUAUUUCCCAUUUCCUGUCACAACACACCUCUUUAAUUCUACAGAAAAUAAGUCUUUCAGGCUAUUCAUCUUUAGAACUUGCAGGUGAAAUUGCAGUAAAAGUGUAUGUAGGCGGGAACUGAAAUGGAAACCUGACCUGCCCUACAUUAGGGUGUACCGGGGAACACCUAGUCAUCUAUUCAGCACACCUAUGCUUUGCUUGCAGUAAUGGCCAACUACAGACACUGCCUUUGUUGUAAAAUAUCAUUCUCAUGGUGUUCCACUUAAUGUGAAAUUGUGGAUUACAUGUUGAUAAACUAAAAUAGUAACAGCCACGACCUAUCACUGCUCUCAGUGAUUAGUUAACACUAAGGUGUGGCUCCUCAUAUUUCAGGCUUCCACCCAUUAGCAAAUUACAUUUCUUAUUAUCUGGGGAUUUGUAAUUGACAAUUGUAAGUCUGGUACUUUAAACCAUUUACUAUCAUGCACUUGAACUAAAAUUACUAUAACAUGUAUAUUAAUGAGGUUAAUAUGAUGCUUCAAGCAUUUAAAAUAAAAAAAAUAAAAUGCAAAUUUAUAACAAUUUUAUUUUUGAUUUAUUAACUUAUCGAGAAACACAAUAAUGUUAUAAAAAGGUUUAGAUUUUAGAUGGUGUCCAUUAUAGUGCAAUAUUUUAGGCAAGGGGCUAGAUUCUAUUAAGAAAGCUAAGUCAUUGGACAGAAUCACUUCUAAUAGAAUCUCGUUUAAGUAACAGUUCUCCUAUUGACGUCUGUGAGAUAAAUGCUGUGGUGUUACAAAAGAUAAAAUUAUCUUAGAUGAUAGACAGACAGACAGACAGACAGCCUUGCAGGCUGCUAUUGCAACUUAUAAAUACUUAAUCAGUUCACAGCCUUCCUCCUUGCUCUGACUGUUAGAGAGCAACCUACAAUGAGUUUAGAAUGUGGAAAGAGGGAGAGCCCACCAGAAAGGUACCUUAUCAUCUACACAUUGUUGAUGAUGGAUCCAAUUUAACCAUCCAUGACUAGAUUCUGUUAUAAGAAAUGUCACUUGCAAUUGCAUAGCUUUUUUUUAUAGUCGGCAAUAUGAGAACUACUAUUCAGUUGCCAGAGAUACCUUUAUUUAUUGCCAAUAGAAACCAGUCCUUAUUUAGGUAACUGGCAGAAACGUGGACAACCUUGACUAGGACUUCACAGUCGCAGUUCACUUAUUUUAAGGCAGAUCAUCUUCAAUUUCAACAUGAGUGAGUUCCACCCACCUUGCAUUUAUUGCCAUCUAGCCACCCACCUAAUCAUUAUUAACAUAAAGUCAUACCCCAAACUAGUCAAAUUGAUCCAUCCAGUCACAGCUUUCAUCCUUGCAAUCACAUACACCAAGCUUCAUAUACAUGACGGGCUGGGCAAAUUGAGUAAACUGGCCUGGGGGCAUCAGAGAGGGUAAUCUUCAGUUUAGAUUCCAUUAUAAGAGAUAAAAGUAUCUCUGCAAAUCGAAUAGUAUUUUACAUUGGUGUCAAAAGGAGUACUGCUGUUCAUUUACCUAAGAUGAGUUGAUGGAGUAAGUAAUACAAUUCAUUCCAUAAUGUUAAUUGCACUAAUAUGUUGGUCUUCAAAAUUACUAUUGAAUGUGGUGCUAAGUGCUCCAUUCUAUUAGGCAAAAUAAGUUGAUUUCUUGUAACUAAAUAUAAUUUUUUCACAUACACACUAUUACCAGAGAUAAGCAUAGCACGUCAAAUAGAAUCUAGCUGUCCCCGUAUAAGGAACUGUGUUGUUCAUAGCAUGAAUAUGAAUCUUAAAGUAUCACAACCUUUGCUGAAUAAAUGUCAAAAGGUGUUUUAAUAGUACACCCUAAAAUACAUUAUGAGGUGACAUAUAUUAACUAGAAAAAAUAUUUAUUAUAUGCUCCUAAAGUGUAAAAUAUUUGUAAAUAUAUAUAGUAUUCUAAGUACAGCUUAAUGAUCACAGAGAAGAAAUGUAUGUGUCUCUUCUUACUUUCUUAUUGUUGUAUAUGUUCUUUUGUUUAAUGUUCUUUGUCUUUUUAUGUAGUUGGCCACAAACAGAUUUCCAAACGAUGUGCUAAUACCUCUGAAUGUGAAGGUUUUGAAUAUAACGUGGGGAUGGCUUCCAAGGACAUAAACUGUUGUACCACAGAUAUGUGCAACUCUUAUGGUGGCCAGAGUUCCAUUCAAGGAAGUCGUAUGCUGGCCGCUGCAGCGUUCCUGGUUAUCUGUGUCCUCAAGAGUAUUCUCUAGACUGGUUUUGAUUUAAGUUGCGGGAGGUGGGGGGUGGGCUUUCUACAUAGCCAUGACCUGACUGCUAAACGGAUGUCUGCUGCCAAAUUUGCUAUGAGAUGGAUGAUUUCUGUUCUUCUUGUCCAAACCCUAUCCCUGUCACAGAGAAGUGGAGUAGGUAGCAUCCUUCCCACCACAACUAUUUCCAUCUGUUUGCAAUGCAGGACCAUUCUAUCAUCUCAGAUUGGCCUCUUCCUGUCCAAACUGUAGGAAGAAGGGCAACAAUCCCAAGCCAUUUCGUCUUUAAAGCUUCCCAUAUGCCAUUGUGGUAGGUUAAAUAAGUCUGAAAAUCCAACUGGAUAUUAAAUAACCCAAUAAUUUUUACUCACUGCAUGCCUUACAUUAUUAGAAGCAAUGUGAUCUGGAUAACAGUGGACACAUUUAUAUACAAAAUGUGUAAUAAGAAAUAUUUGCUGUCAAUAUUUGCUGAGUACAUUUGGACCAAAAUCACACACAUGUUACAAGCAAGUGAAGAUGCUGCGCAACAAAAUAUAUAUUUCCUAAAUUGCAUCAUCGAUCUCUAUCUACCUUUUUCCUGGGAAAGAAAGCUUGUACAAAAUAUAGCACUACGUACCUACUUACCAAACACAUUGAUGUGUAUUGUAUCAGCUGUGUUUAUGAUGGUUGCUAUUCUCAAUGUGAAAAUAUAAUGAGUUUGCCUUACAAUGUAACCAGAAAUGCAUAUCCUGAGCAAUAUGACUUCUAACAUACAUUAAAUGAAGUUUAUAUCUUUACCUGAAAUUCAGAAACAUGAGUAUAAAUGGAGUAAUUUUAUCACAAUUAAAGAAAAUGGUGAAUAUGAUGUGAGAAUUGUGUUUAUUAAUUUUGGAAUAUUAUAACAGUUUUCCAUGCACAAUUAAAACCAAUACUUCAAGAACAUUUAGUUUGAUGUAUAAUAAUUUGAAUUCGAAUACAAUGUGUUUACUGGCACAGAGAAUUUGACUGAUUUUUCACAUGGAUGAAUAUUACACCUUCUAAAACUAAAGAUUUAUUCAUCAAACCAAUAAUUGUAGAAGAUGGGCAUGUUAUAGUGACAUUUUUUUAAGACACAAAGGGUAGAGUUUCUAAAUUAAAAAAGCCCUAUAUCAAAAAAGUGAAAACUAAACCUCUCGUAAGUAGUGAGAAACACAAAAAAAAAACCACUGAUAUAGGUUACUGGUUAAAAAAUAAAAAUAAAUCAAUUGUAUAGUUUAUUGGCCAAUAGAUAUCUCAAUUAUUAACAGCAAAUGCCAUUAAUCCUCACUCACACAUAUCUCUAAAUGUCUCCCUUUAAUCACAUAUCUAUAUCACAAAAUCAACAUUACUCCAACUUGUAUUUUAGCCUGGAAAAUGAUAUACAAAACCACGCAUUGGUAUUAACUACCGUACCUUUUGUGUCACUAUGCCACAUUCCCUCUAGCAUGUAACCUCAUUGAGCAGGGCCCUCAAUCCCCCUGUUCCUGUGCGUCAAACUUGUUUGGUUUCAAAUACGUGUCUGUUAGCCCACACAUUGUACAGAGCUACAGAACUUGUUGGCGCUUGAUAAAUAAUAAUAAUAACUAGUAAUGAUCCUACAAGACCACUAGAGGUUGUAUACCAUCUACGGACACUGUGUCUUUACUGCUAAUACUGAUUGAAGGUUGGGAAAGAUGAGUUAAUGCAGAUCAAAUGUAAUAGCCGAUACCUUCAUUGUGAUUAGCAACAAUAUUGCAGACGUGCAAUGUAAACAGUGUAAUUAGCUCUAUAAUAUUUUGGCAGAAGAUCACAGUGCUCAGGCGCUGCACUACGGUCGGAUUUAAUUGCCUCUUAAAUUGAGCUACAAAUAAAACUACGUCCUCUCUUAUACACCAGUGUAGACUCCAACACAGAGAGAAACAGGGAGGUUUGAGAAAGUCUCCUUCAAUACUGACUUAGAAAUCGCACUACUCUAUUGCUAUUCUAAAUCUAUUGACUAAUAAACGAUAACAUUGUUUUAAUGAACUCAAUAAAUAAAUUUUUAACAAUUAACCUCUA